CUGGGCGUUUCUUUGCGGCGACUCUUUCAAAAAACAUGUAAAAAAGAAGUUUUGCUCUUGGACAUGUUCUCAACCAAAGCGCUCAUUACAGGACGGCGACAAGAGAAGCCUGCAGUCCCGUAGAGCUGCGUGUUGAGCGGGACCAGCGCCGGGGGCGACGGCGUCAUGCUCCAGGCAGCUAGCCGAAGUUAGUGAGCGUCUGCGGGCUGUGGAAGUGCUGCUUAUCGCUGGUUUUAUCUCCGAAAGUUACGGCCGGCUGCUUCACACGGUCCAGACGUGAAGCUCCAGCGGGACCCGGUUCGGUGCCAUGUGUGGAGCGCCCCGGCUGACUUCCCCUUCAGCCUGAGUGGUUUGGGUCGGAACCAGCCUCCAAGUUUGCAGACUGAGCUCAGCCGUCCUGACCGGAGCUGGAUGUGAUGGACCAGCCGUCCUCCGUGAUCACCCAAGUCAGCCGGGAUGAGGAGGGCAGCAAGGCGGAGAGGGGUUCUUCUCCCUCUCUGUCCUCCAAGAAGCCCCGGAGUGGAGGCCUCUUCUCCAGCCUCUUCUGCUGCCUGUGUCGGGACCAGCCUGAACCAACACCGGUCAACAACAACGCCCCUCUGCUGGUGGAAGAGAACGGAACCAUCUCCAAGAUCCAGGUGAAGCCGCUGCUGCCUCCAGUAAAGUCAAAAGACUCUGGAAAGAUCUGUGUGGUGAUAGAUCUGGAUGAGACAUUAGUCCACAGCUCUUUCAAGCCUGUGAACAAUGCAGAUUUCAUCAUUCCUGUGGAAAUCGAUGGAACAGUCCACCAGGUGUAUGUCCUGAAGCGGCCCCACGUCGAUGAGUUCCUGAAGAGGAUGGGAGAACUGUUUGAGUGCGUCCUGUUCACCGCCAGUUUAGCCAAGUAUGCAGACCCAGUGUCCGAUCUCCUGGACAAGUGGGGUGCUUUCCGCUGCCGCCUUUUCCGAGAGUCCUGCGUGUUCCACCGAGGAAACUACGUCAAGGACCUGAGUCGUCUUGGUCGGGACCUGAGCAAGGUGAUCAUCGUGGACAACUCACCUGCCUCCUACAUCUUCCACCCUGACAACGCAGUGCCGGUGGCCACCUGGUUUGACGACAUGUCCGACACCGAGCUGCUGGACCUCAUCCCGUUCUUCGAGAGGCUGAGCAAAGUGGACAACGUCUACACAGUCCUCAAGCACCCAGGCACGGCGAGCUAACGUUGUUCCACUUUUCAUCUCAGCUAUGAACAAAACGGCAAACAAAAGCGGAUAUGCACACACAGCAGCAGCGAUCACUGCCCCACCGAACACACACUGCUUCACCACUGAGCCUUCACCUCCGAGAGUCACACCAGCAUCAGGUCUGUGUGGGGGCAUCAAUGCUGCCACCUCCUGGUCAAACAGAAAACUGGCCCAUGGUUGCCUUCCAUGUCAGCCCACCGUGGCACAGCUGAUGAAAGGAUGAAUGGAUGUUUGAUGACACUUGUCAAGCAGAGUUGUGUAGCCAUGAAUCCUCUGGACCGGGUACUGCACACAGACUCCUCAUGGACUCCUGCAGACCCACACAGGAUUUGAUCCGCAGGAAUCUAGUGGAAAGGAAUCUUUGGAAAGGUGCAGAUAAACUUGCUGAGUCAUUGAAAGGGCAGAGGGUGUACACGUACUGUCUUUUAAACUCUUUGGAAUAGCGUUGUCUGUCAUGUGAUCCUCGGGUGCAGUUUCACAGAUUUUAGAGCGAUGUGAUCAGGUAUUUUUGAGUAAUUGUGACAGUGUUAUGUCUGAACCAGAUAUUAACAAAGUUUCUUGUUUCGGCUGGGGUUGUCAGAUGUAAUUAAGACUUGUUGAAUUCACCAAUAAGAAAAAUGAUUGGACUGCACUUUUCAAGAACAUUCUGUAGUCCAUAGCACGGUUUCCCUUUUCUCUGCAGCGUAUACACUGAUUUUAGAACAAUUUGUACACUAAACCCAGCUUAAACAUCAUCAUUUGAUCACAAAAAAUGGUUCUUUAUUUUGAAAUUUGGGGUAUUUACUUUUAGUAUCAAAUCAAACAGUGGAAAGUCUGUUGUGUGCUUUCACAGCAGGAAGCAGUGCGGCUCCGUUUUAAAGGCACUGGAAGUGGGUGCAUACUACAAACACAUGAAAGAAGCCUCGUUCCUGACGACAGUGAACCUGACACUAAUAUUUGCAAACUGCUGCUGCUUUAGUAUUCACAAAUCAUUUCUGCACCUGUGUCAGCAGGUGUUUGGACCAGCAGAGGUCAGAGGACCAGGACCGACUUCUGAAAGCAGCCAGAAGUCGCUUAUUGUUAACAGUGCAUCAAAACUGUGCCUCUAUUAGUGUCUCAUCUGUUUUAGAUUGUUGUAUGACGCAAAAAACAUGUAUUGUUAGGCUUGUUAGUUUACUUCUAACAAGCUUCAAACUAGUUUUCUUCCUAUUUUUUCUGAAGCGGUACACAUUGGCUGGAAACAGCUUCAAGACUUUGUGAUGAGAGGAUGCGUUAGAGCACCUCUUUCAAAGCCGUACGUGGCCAGUUUAGUCCAUAAAUAAUGGAGGAGUCAACCCUGAAACCCUGUAGCACAAUAAACAAACAGAUAUUGGUAAUGGAUCAUCUACGUCUGCAUCUUUUUUCAUAUUCUGGUGGACAUAAAUGAUGUAAUGUCAGAAUAAUUCCAGUGCAGCUUUAGGGAAGUUAAAUGUCAAAUUCUUGGUGUAUAUAUUGUCGUCCUGCCUUCAGGUGAAACCCAGCAGGAUGCAACAGUUUGAUGACUGUCCAUUUAAAGUUGCCAAAUGCAUUCUGAGAAAUGUAGGAAAUCAAACAACACCUGCAAAACUGAUUGAUGAUAAAUAGCAGUGUGAGAUCCUAUAAAGGUGGAAUUUUCUUUUUACAAUCCCGUUAAGAUUUCCUGGACUACUUCUUUUAUCUCUACUUUUGCAAUGUUGGUUGCUCAACUCUUUGGUCCAGUCAGAUUGGGGAGCAACAUUUGCAUUGACAAUACCAUGUGUUGACACUGAUGAAUGGAAACGGGAGGCUCGACUAAGAGCCUCAGUCAUGGCUUGUGAUGUGAUUUUACCUUCGAUGGGGCAUUUUUCUAUGUUUAACAAAUUCAUGUCAAUCAGAUUCGCCUGUUUCUUCUCUAAAUAAUUCCUUUUUAAACAGUUCUUGUUUUGCCCAGGAGUGGUAAUCUUCUAUAAUAUUUACAGAAUGUUUUCCAAAGUGAAAAUAUUGUUUUUUUUUGCUGUUCUCAUGCAAGACCUGGUAGUUACCUCAUAUGUUCAUAGGUAGAAUAUGGAUCACAAACACCAGCAGAUGACGAAAGAGGAGUGUCUUCCUGUUGUAGGCACAUAGCAGGGUAAGCAGUGUGAACAGUGUGUUCCAUCAUCACGUCUUCAGUUGAUACUGAUGCUGUUGCUGUUUUGGAAUUCAUUGGCAAAGAGGAGUACUUUUCAGAACAUUCUGUCAGUUUUGUCUUUUGAUUACGCUUCAACGAGUAUUGUGUCACUUUGAGGGCCAUUCGCUGAUACUGUACUUCUUACACAUUCAGUAGAUAUGUAUAUGUUGUUUUGCACAGUAAUAAGCAAACAAAUGUCAUUAAUAUAUGAAAUAUUCAUGUUACUGUACUCAUGAUUCAAUAGAUGUAACCUAAUUUUUGACCUUUAUUGUUUUAUCAUACCAAAUUAAGUAUGAACUGUAAUAAUGCGGUUGUUUCCCAUAAAGGCUAAAUUGAAAGAUGGUC